AUGGCAUCGAGAAUGAAACGACAAACAUCUGUACAAGAUAAAAUAUGGAAUUUUAAUGUUUCUGAUCCAACAUUACAUCCAAAUGGCUUUACAAUUUAUAAAGUUACAAUGAGAGUUUUUAGAAUGUCUGAAUCAGACAAGCUCACAGAGAUCAUCAUAUGGAAGAGAUAUAAUGACUUUAAAGAAUUGUACAAAGGAAUGAUAAAUUUACACAAAGCUUUACACAGAAGGAACCCAUUCCCAGUAUUUGCUAAACCAAAGUUGUUUGGAAGGUUUGAAGAGACAGUUAUUGAAGAAAGAAGAAAAAGUGCCAUAGAUCUUUUAGUCUUCAUAGGAAGUCAGCCACAUUUAUAUAACUCCAAAAUAUUUGAAGAGUUUCUUAAGGGUGGAAAAGUUAAAGAAGGAGUAUCUGGUAAGGUAUUAAAACCAUCUAAGCUGGACAUAAUGCAGUCAGUAAAUCCACAGAAUAAUAAAAAGAAAGAGACGGAACCCAUACAACCGGUCAAACAUCCUCCUGAUGACGAAAACAGUAACGGGAACAGUUCACAACAAGAGAAUGGUGACACAGAUGAAAGUUUAGAAGGAGUAUGGAAUUUCCCACGAGUUCCUGACAACAUCAGUCUGAACUCCUUUGAUGAUACUGAUGAUUCAGAGGCUAUAGAUGCUGAGUCCAUCCUAAGUACCUCACUCCCUGAGCUGGACAUUACUUCAUUUGACCCUUUAAAAUCAGAUGACCUUGGACCUCCAACUCCAGGGCUGAAGACUAGUAGCAGUUGGCUGUUUGCUGCCAUGGAUACAUGUGCAGGUACAAGUUUUGAGACCAAAGAAGGUAUAGAUGAGACAGAAGAAUAUAGUAAAGUACCUUUACAACAAGAUGAUGAAGAUGAUCAGCCUCCUAGUUUGAACUUGGACAGGUCAGAUUUUACCCAAUCAUUGCCUGACCCUUCAUCAGAACUUGAUACCUACACCAAUACAUCCACAGAGCCAGAUCUCAGUGAUUUUGACCCAUUAAAGCCGAGAACUUUGUCGUCUGUUGAAUGUGGUAAAGGUGACCUUGAACUUUCCUGGCACAGUAGAACCUCCUCAUCUUCUAGUCGAACAUCAAGUGUAACAUCAUCUCCACGACAUGGAUCAAAACGGAGCCCCUCCCAUCGAUUUAGAUCAGGAACCAAUGAAAGUGUAUCAACAAUGGAUCUUGGUGGAAAGGAGGAUUAUAUUUAUUGUGCUGCUGAUCAGAUAUGCUUGGCACAGGAAUGUGAAGCCAGUUCUAAGUUUGAGCUGGCGUUUUCAUAUUACAAGAGUGGUGUUGGAAUACUUCUCCAGGGUGUACAAACUGAUAAGAAUAAAGCAAGAAGAGAUGCUGUCCGCAGGAAGACAGCACAAUAUUUAAUGAAAGCAGAAGAUUUGUACAAUAGACAUCUAGCUAAUGAUACAGUAGAUGAAAAGCGAUGGUUGACUGCAGACAACAUGCUGUCUCCAUCAGGUGACCUUGACCCUACAUUGAACCUGAUUAAAGCACCUAUAUCUGAAAUGAAGAAUUUAAAAGUUUUAGGAACUAUAGACAAAGUUUUACUAGUGAUGGAUAAAACUUCUGAUGAAACUUAUGUUAUCAAGACAAUACAUAAAUCAAGCGUGUGCAGUAAAUUCUACAGAACAAUAAUGCCAUUAUCAUGUCCGUACAUGGUUCAUUUACAUAAAUUUUAUGAAACAGAAAAUACUGUUUAUUUGAUUCUACAGCAUGCGACAGGAGGAAAACUCUGGAAUUAUAUAGGAGAGUACUUACAAUACAAUAAGUCAAAUUCCUCUAUGAAUGUUGACAAUAUUCCCUCACCUUCAACAAAUGUGUAUUCAGGAUUCAAUACUUACACAAAUUCUGCAAAAGAGAAAGACAAGGUGGAAGUAGAAAAUGAUCAAAUUAAAAAUGUUCCUUCCGACGAUAUAUUAGGUGACGGUCCUGAGUUUGACAAUGAAUCUAGUCCUAAACAAUUUGAGGAAAACAAACUUUCGGAUAAUAUAAGUGAUAUUAGUGAUAUGUCUGACGACCGAACAGACAAUAAUGGGUCAGACAAACCUGAUUUGAAUCGUAUUGAAAGUAUGUCAUCAGAAGAAAUUAUAGAUUUUAAUGAAGCAUCAAAAAUGUCAGAACAGCAGGAAGACGUGUUUCAAGAAUUACUACUAAAUAGUAAUCAGACAAAUUUAGAAAAUUUUAGCAUUAAUAGUAUAGAAAGUAAUGAAGGGAGGCCACGGGUGGAUAGUAUUAUAUCUGAUAACAUUAACAUUGAGAGUAUUCCUGAAGAAAGUGAAAUAUCUCCUACCCACCAAUUAUAUAGCCAUACCGAAGAAGAUAUAGUCCACCAGCCACCCAUUAACAACUGUGAUCAACCGGUUAACUGUGAUAGUAUUUUCAAUGGACAGCAAAUUAAUGAGAAGGAUAAUUCUGAUCCUGUUGUUCUGCACCGUUCUGUUUCAGGAAGUUCUGGUGUAGAUGAGGAAGCAGAAGCCAUUGUUCAAAAUGCCAAAGAUUUACUCAGAACGGUCGAGCGAACAUUGUCACAAACUGAUACAGAGGUUAACAAGUGUAUUUAUCCGGACAGUGUUGAAAAUAAAAAUCUUUCACCAGAUAAAGAUCAACUUAACGACAGCUGUGAUACAUUGACUGAUCAUAAUGAAGUCAGUAUAUAUGAUGUAAAUAGGUCAUUCUCAGACACAAAUAGUGAUAAUGAAAGUAAACCAUGUGAGUCAGAAUCUAAAAAUAGAAGUGGUACAGUGAAAUCUUCAUCAUCUGAUACUUUAUCAGAUAAAACAGAAAGUAAAAAAAAUUCAAGGUCAUCAACUCUAACUGAUCAAUCAAGGUCAAAGCCACACAAACUUUCCAGAAUGAAUUCUAAAGAACUUAGUCGUUCUGCAUCAUUUGAACAUGAACUAAAAUCUCCAAAUUUAACAAGACAGAGAACUCUGUCUGAUGUAUUCAGACAAUUAGAUUUAGCCAUGUCAAGUCCUGAGCAGGUGAGAUUACCUGAGACAUGUAUUCGACAGUGGAUAGCAGAAAUUGUUAUUGCAGUGUCAAGGUUACACGCUGAGGGGUUAAUUUGCAGAGAUUUAAGGCCAGACAACAUUUUACUAGGGGAAAAUGGACAUAUUUUACUGUCAUAUUUCUGUCAGAUUAGUUUGACAGACAGAAUACUUAACCAGGAGGCAGACGACCAGUUUUAUGUAGCGCCAGAGGUAAAUGGUAUUGGUAACUACACAGAAGUUUGUGAUUGGUGGAGUGUUGGUACUUUAUUGUAUGAACUAGUAAUGUGUAGGAGUUUAAAGAGCAGCCAUCCAGGAGGAAUCACACCACAUACACAGUUAUAUCUGCCAAACACUGCUUCUGCCGAGGCCCAUGGUUUAUUACACCAGUUAUUAUGUUAUAACCCUAAAGAAAGACUGGGCUCUGGUAUAAAUGGAAGUGAAGACAUCAAAGCUCAUCCUUUCUUUUCUGGUAUUAACUGGAACCAGUUAGAGAAGUUAACAUGACAAGACUAUCCAGUGUGAUUAGAGCCUUCAGAAGGAAAUGAAGAACAGAUACCAGUUUUAUCAUCUUGAUUAAGUUGAAAUGGACUGGAACAUUCCUGCCUCAUCCAGCCUCCAUGGAUGAAUAGUUGACCGAUUUAAUUUCCCAUAGUUUUAGAACAUUUUUAAUUCUAUUUUUACAAUGAAUAUGUAAGACAAAGAAUCAAAUUCUAACAAGUUUAGAGAAAUUUUAGUUUCUUUGGGUUGACAUUUUGAUGUUUUGAUUUUUUGUGGGUAUCACAAUUCUCAGUUUCUCAAUGAAGUAUGUGAUGUACAGUUAAGUGAUCACUGUACUGUAUUAUAAGCUCUGACAGCAUAGCAUCAAUUGACCAAUUGAUGGUUGCAAAUUAAGUUUACUGGCGAAGCUUUAUCAGAGCCAGUAAAGAGGUAUUUGCCACCAUCAAAUCCCCAAUUGGUGUUGUUGGAGCUUAAAAUACAAUAUUGUUAUCUCCAUUCUAAUGAAAUUGAUAGGAAACAACGUUAAAUCAUACAUUUAAAAUCUGUCAUACGUCGUCUGCACUUGCAUGUACUUUCAUAGAAUCAAUUGUGAAUUGAUGCUUUAAAAAUUAGUGAUGUUAUCCAAUCAAAAUGAACUUUACAAACAAUGUUGCAUUAGAAUAUGCAGUAACAGUAUGCAGUAUUUUUUUGGAAAAGAUAUUUAAAUGGAAAAAUGAAAAAACUUUUAUUCUUGUUCAUGUCAACUGUUCAGUAUUUUGAAUCAAAAUGCUUAGAAUAGUAGGAUGCAUUAUAGAGUUGAGUUAUGCUUCUUAUAUCCUAUUAGACACUACAGGAAAAUUUUAUCUAGCUAUCUGUAUUUUGUUAAGGUCACCAAGGUCAUCUUGUCAUCAGAGUUGCAUUUUCAUUUAGAAAAAAGUUUAGAAUUGGUUCUUUAUUUUUUAUUUUUUUCAAUUAAGUUGAAACUUGAUUGGUAUCCAAUGUCAUCCUUUAACUGAAAUACAAUUUCAUAAGAAUGAAAUACAUAAUUUAUUCUUCAAAUUAGAAUCAAUUAAGAAUAUAAAACAAUCAUUUACCAAAUUAUUGUUCAGGAAAGUUUGAGAUCCAUAUAAUAUACAUUGGCCAGUACUAUUUACACUUCAUUUUGUGCAUUAGUUGUUUUUGCAUUCAUUUGAAUGAGCUGUUUUUUCAGUUCAUUUUUUUUUUGCUUUAAUUGUUUUUGCAUUCAUUUGUAUGAGCUAUUUUUUUUAUUUUGUCAGAAACUUCAAAUUAUCCUUUUGCUUUCUAACUGGCAAAAUAAUGCAAAAGCUGUUGUUUGAAUAUAUGAACUUUCCACAAUAGUGGCAGUUACUGCAGGUGCAUAAGAUUUGUGGGUUCCAUUACCAGUCAGCUUAAAUUAACUGUGAAAUUUGUAUUUUCUGCUUUUCUGAAUAGCACACAGCUAUUAGAGGUUAGAACAAAGAGUUUGAUUUGGAAACAUAUAUCCUCCAUCAUCCUAAAAAAACUCGUCCAAGAUACCUUGUUUAUAAUUGCACCUGAGACAAAAUAUUUUAAUUUCCAUGCAGCACUAACAGGAAUCAACAACCUAAAUUAAGAUCACAUGAUUUAAUUAUGACUUAGCAAAAUUAUGUAAAUGUCGACUUACGUAUAUGUCCAUUUCAGCCCCUGUGGGAUAUAAGGCCACAACAGUAAUUGUAGAUUCAUUUAGUUUGUGGCUUGAGGAAAAUUAUAUAUUUUGUUUGUUACUUGAUUUUGUUGUUUUGGUGAGCAUUCAAGCCUAUAUAAAAUUUGUUCUUUGUUGCAUGUUUGAAUUGGGUUUGGCUUAUACCAAAGAAACCCCUGAAAAUUGGUAUUCCUGGAAUAAUAAUGAGUCCACAGUUUCAAUAGUUACACAAAUUGAAACAUUUUUACAUACACAUACUAUAAUUGACAUUGCAUAAGAUGUAGUGAAGGAGGUACCUAACUCUACAGGGAGAUAACUCUGUAAAAUCAGAUAAACGCUUUAAUCACCUUGUAUUGUUAAGGGAAUUUUAAGCUUCCCAAUGAUCAAAAUUAGUGUAUGUCAAACUGCUAUAUAACCAACCAUUUUUUUCUGAUAAUGUGUCUGGUUCAAUUUUUUUGAAAAUUUGAUAUUUUAGUCAAAGGUUCAAAGCAAAUAUUUUGAAAUUUUUUACGAAAAUUAAUUUAAGUCGAGGUGUUAGGUACCACCUUAAAUAAUAGUAAAACAUAUUUAUUUUUAAAUCGCACAUAGUUAUAAUAUAUUAGUUAAAAUUAUUAUACUAGUUAAAAUUAUGAGCCUUUGUUUAAAUUUCAUGUAGUAGAUUUUAUAUGAAUUUCAUGUUUAUGUAAGAAUUUAUUUUUUUUCAUAUUUGCCCUACCCACCGAUAUAUUUUAUUGAAAUGUUAACUGUUUUUAAAAAAAUACCAUGUAACUAAUAAAUUGUGUUCGUCUUGUUUGUGGUAGAUCAUUAAAUGAUAAAUAUUCCUUUAAAUCACUGCACAUGUCUAUUACUACUACAUAUUGCAUUCAGGGUAAUAGCAAAUAGAUCACAUGACAUGUGGCUCAUAACUAAACUUCUAAAAGGAAAAGCCUACACAUGAGUUACUUUAUAUUUUGUAAAUUAUUUUGUGCUAAUAUGUAUAACUGUAAAUUCUGAAAUUAUUGCAUGCAUUUAUUAUUACAAUUUUUUAAGAAUGGACAAGAAUGUGAAUUUAUUAUUGUGAUAUCAAAAAGUGCAUACAGGUCUAUAUUUCAGUUAUUAAUACAAAACCUCGUAAUAAUAUCUGAGACUGAAUUAAAAGUAUGCACUGUUUUGAUGAAAUAAUGAAACUGAGAAAAGGUCACAAUUUAGUUUUUACUUAUUUUUUUUCCUAAACUAUUUGUACAUGAUUUUUCUUCUUCAACAACUAAACAUAUGAAUGUGCUAUUUUACCCAAAUCAAUUAUAAUUUCUUAGAAGAAUUCUUGAAUAUCUCAUUUUUAAUUAUCCAUACUUUUGGUUUUUGUAUUUUGAUUUUGGAAAAAAACAAGAAAGUAUUUGCUUUGUACUAUAAUUUUAAAUUACUAUUAUUAGAUAAUAAUUGUUGAAUUGGAUAAGAUAUGUUAUUUCAAGUAACAUACUUUGACCCACAUUUAUAUUUCUGCCAUGAGCAGACGAUAGGCAGCAAUUAGCCUCAGGGCAGACUUGCAAAGAAAUUGUUGAGAUUAGUUACAUUUGCUCACUUAAUAGCAAUAAGACUUAGGUGGUACCUAACACUAUAGUGAGAUAACUCUGUAAAAUCGGCUAAAAGUUUUAAUCAUGUUGUAUUAUUAAGGAAAUAUUAAGCUUCUUAAUGGGGGUAAUGUCAAAUUACUAUAUAUACAACCAUUUUUUUCCUGAGAAAGUGAUUGGUUCAAGUUUUUUGAAAUUUCCAUAUUUUUGUGAAAGUGUCAACAACUACUUUGUCAAGAUUUUAUGAAAAUUAAAUAAGCCAAAUUAUUUUAGUCAAGGUGUUGGGUACCUCCUUGAUAAAGGUUUUCAUAAUAGUUGAAUUAUAUUUAAGAAUAAUUGAUAUAUUAUAUACUUUUUUUUUUCUCAAGAAAUUGACAUGAAUUUGGUAUAAUUGAAUCUUUGCAAAUAUUGAAAUCACAAAAGAAAUAGAUUAAGGAGGCUCGUGGGUACAAAAAAAUCAGCAAAUAUUUUAACUUUUUUUUUUCAUUACAAAUUUUAAUAAUUACACUAUUGGUUGUUACUUUAUGAUAUGGUACAAAAAUCAACCAAAAAGAAUCAAUUUGUUUUGGCCACAGACGACUUUUGAAAUGUUAAUAUCAUUGAAAAAGCUCCAAAUUAUCUCCCUUUGGUGAAAAAAAUGCCAUUUUUACACUAAAAUUGAAUUAUCUUUUUAACUCAUUGGUGACCUAUAUUUUUUAUUAUUUUUUCUUCAAAUUAGCUGUACUUAAAAUAAACUAUUGUAAAAUUAAAGUGAUUUCUGUAAUUUUAGAUUUUUUUUUUCAAAUCUCGAUAUUACCUAAUUUUCUCUUAUUAGUUCAACAGAAAUAAUUAUCUAAACACAAAUGCAUGCUUCUUUUGAUAAGGCAGAUUGUGAGCUUAAAUGAGUGGUGACCCCAUAUUUUUAUUUUAUUUUCCUAUUAGGUAUAGGAUAAAGUUUAUUUAUAUAAAAAAAUAGCGAAAUCCUAUAUUACAAAAAAAAUAAAAAUAUACCCACUAGCCCCUCAAGUGUAUUUUACUAUUGAUUUAUCUUUUAAAACAACAUAUCAAUAAGCUAACUUCAUUAUAGUAUUGGUAAAUUAUAAUUUUUUUAUCUUGAAAAGAAAGAAAUGUACAAUGGAAAUUUUUGUAAAACUGUUGUUAAUUUAUUGUUGCUUUAUUCUAGUUGUAACAAUAUCAUAAUUGUACUUUGACAAAUGAGAGAAAAUCUUGUUUGCUUUUUUAAGGCUAUAUAUCUUUAAGCAUAUGUUUUUGUACUAAAUCUAUUAUAGGUUGUUACCCCUUUAAAUAAAGAUUUUACAAUUUUACUUUAAAAAAAAUCGUAGUUGAAAUGUUUUAGUAAAAAUGUACUAGAGCAUGCAUACCUAAUACAGAGUAUUUAUUAUAUACAUGUCAUGUUCACUGGAAUUUUAAACACACUAAAUGUACUUCUAGGUGAACAUUUCACUGCCUUUUCAAUUUAUCAUUUAUACAGCAGAAAUUGUAAUUUAUCAUUUAUGCAAUUGCUGUUCAGUUAGAUUUUACAUACAUGUGAAAAAAUACCUGUUUUAAAAGUUUUUAUCAGAUUGUUUAUUCAAAACCAAAAUAUAUUCUAAAAAUAAUAUAAACUUGAGAAUGUAAUUUUCAUGUUUAAAAGUACUGCUUAAAAAAAAACAGUUUGAUGAAGCCACAAGGUGAGUAUUACAAUAAAAUAAAUUCAAUUUUUGUAUUGCAAUAUUCUACUACAAUAUGUCAUCAAGAAACCACAUUAGCAUUAUAUUGUUGAGAUUCACAAGAACAAAUUGCUAGCAUGAUAAUCCAACUCAGACUACCAAAUGACACUUUGAUUAUUUAAAAAAGAGUAUUAAGUGUUCAUAGUUGUAUGCAUUUGUUUAUAAUAUUUCUGUUUUGAUCAAUUUUUAAUUUUCAUUUUCAUUGAUCAUGUUCUUUUUGUUGCUAUUUUAUUUCCAAAAGUGUUAGAGACUAAAGGUUGUUACUUUAAAAAAACAAGCAUUGACAAUAUGUUACCCAACAGCUGUCAGAAAUUCAUGAAUUAUAUUUAUUAAGUACUUGAAGUUUGACAAUAAACUUGAAGAAUAACGAAACUAUUUACCUUUAGUUGUUUUAGUUUUACACACUUAACCCUUUCCUCCAUGAUUUUUUUUUACAUACUAGAUUCGCAUAAGAUUUUUUCAAUAAAAAAAAAAUCAUCAGGUUUAAAAUAUUAAUGCAUUGUGAAAACAAAUAUUUCAUCAAUGAAAUUCCAGUCAGAUAUUCUCAUGAAUAUCCUUUUCAUAUUGGAUACAAUUUUUUCUAAGUCUGAUGUAGACAUUUCCUAGUCAAAGCGUUUCAACUGAGGUACUACACAGACGUCAAAAAGCGUCAUUAUGGAGUAAAUGGGGUGGCGUCAAAAGGUGUCAUCAUGGAGGAAAGGGAAAUCCUGUUUUAAAUAAGUGGCCACAAUUUCUUCAGAUUUUUACUGAAGUGGUAGACUAUACUUGAGUUUGUACAUGACUUGUUUUGACUUUUCUGUAACUUGAUGUAACUUGAGGUUAUGCUGUUUCCUGUUGUAUUAUAAAUUGUUGAAUUAUGAUAAUUUGUAACUAUUAAAUCUAAUCAUAUUAAGUUAAUUGACAUGUAAAAAAUGCUCAACUGGUACUCAUGUGUAAAACAUGAAAACAAAUGUUCUUCCAAUCUCAUUCAGUCUUAUAAAUCUGUCCACUACAAAAUAUUAAAACUGAUAUCAAACUACAACUUUUAAAUGAAAUAUCAUUGUAAUUGUGAAAUAUUAAGGAAGGAAUUUUGAUUUUAUAUUAAAAACAAAACAAAUAUUUUAUGUACUGUACAAAAUAUUUUCAAAUAUUAUACAAAAGAUGUAUUUUUUUUAGGUCAAAUAUAGUUCCUUUGGUAUUUUGAAUUUUAAGUAAUUUCAUAUGUCAUUUUCUCUUUUUUUUUUAUUUCUCUUCACCCUAUUAUUUCCUAUUCAUGAUUUUUUUCUUCUUGACUCUUAUAUUUUUAUACCUAAUAUGCUAUAUUCUGUAAACACCAUUGACAUUUUUACCAGUAUUUGAUAAAGCAAAAUAGUCCAAAUUACAAUGAGAAAUAAAAUCUUUACAUAAUUUUUCUUUAUAUAAUUGUGCUUUAAUUGGUUAUUCAAAUUUCAUCUGACAUCAAUAACUUUUAGGUUUAAGAUGAUACCUACAAUUUUAUCAGUUAUGUGAAGUAUUGCAGUUUGAUUUUUAUAAAAAAAAGUAAAAUAAUAAAAAACUAAACUGUAAUGGAAAUUUAAAAGAGUAAAAUGGCAAAAUCAUCAGGUUUAAAAUAUUAAUUCAUUGUGAAAACAAAUAUUUCAUCAAUGAAAUUCAAGUCUUCAUGAAUAUCCUUUUGAUAUUGGAUACAAUUUUUCUCAAGUCUGAUGCAGACAAUUCCUAGUCAAAGCGUUUCAACUGAGGUACUACACAGACGUCAAAAGGCGUCAUUAUGGAGUAAAGGGGGUGGUCUCAAAAGGUGUCAUCAUGGAGGAAAGCUCAAAAACAUCUAAAGAGUGGAAAACAACUGUUAUUAUCAUGACUUGGUACAGGUGCUUUUAUGUAAACAAUGGAAGAUAGCUAGCUAAACUUCCCACUUGUAUGACAGUCAUUCAUUAACUUGACAACAAUAUGUAAGCAAUUUCAAUUUCAUACUUUAUAUGAAUUUCCAUUUUUUUCUCCGGAACAUACUGAUAAAGUUCUAGUUAAAAUUAAUGAAACUUUUUUUUUAACAAAAAUGGAUAAACUUUCAAUUUAGUUAAUUCUAUCUAUAUUUGAACAAUCGGAAUCAUCUACCAGCUUCCUAAUUUUAUUUCAAGUGCCUUUCUAUACAACCCCAUAUAAAACAAUAUCUGUAUUAUCAAAUGCUUUUAAGUGACAUUCUUUCUUCCAAAAGCUCACAUCUUGAGUAAUUUCACUAAGUGCUAUGAAGUAGUUCACAUGCUUACAGAUAGAUAUACAAGGACUUGUUCUGGUUUGUGUCAGAAGUUCUUGGUUUUUAAAAUUUGUACUAGUGCACAAUUGUUAUGAAAUAACUUGGUUGUUUAUACUACCAUGCCAUAUUGUUAAGAUGUAUUUCAAAUUUAUAUGUGAUAACUAGAAUAGUUCACUUUAAAUUUAUUUUCAAAUUUUGAUGUUAUAUGGUGCAAUAUCUAUUAAAUGUUAUAAA